AUGAUAUGUAGAUCGGCUCCUGGUUCGCUCCGAGUCGACGGGAAAACACCAUUGAAAGUUCACUGCCGUCAGAUCGAGAUCCACAGAAAUAAGUCUCGGGAAAAGAUCAUAACUCUAGAUCUACUGCUCCGAUUGCGGAUCCGCUUUUUGCUACAGCUAGCUAAGAGAGUUGAGAUCAUGGUUACCGAGUUUCAGACCGAUCGGAGUAGAUUUGCCUGGUCGGAUAUCUGCUGUACCGAAACACCUCAGAUCUGUCUCCUUCCGCCCUCUAGGUUCCUUCAGUGA